AUGAUAAAUGCGUUAUGCUGUUUGCCAGAAAUAAAAUCACAAAGAAGUUCUGCCAGUGGAAAAAAUGAAAUUAAAAUUCAAACUGGCUAUCCUCAGUGUCCAAUUUUCACGCUUGAUCCAUCGAAGCUCGAGAAAAAUGAAGUUGAUACUGCCUUCCCGAGACUUUUGGCUGAGCUCGAUUUAUCUCCAGAAAAGCAGCGCUUAUUAAUUGAUCAGCCGAUCGAGAAAAAGUGUUUACUGCUUAUAGAACAGACUCUUAUUAAGGCAAGGGAAGUUCUAGAAAAGUUCGGCAUUGGUGAUGACAGAAUAGCCGAGAAAUUCUUGACACUUCUGAAAGGGCCAACUUUAUUAGACAACGAUGCUAGUUUACGUGUGUUAGAAGCUUUAUACAUCUCGUUAAGAACACAGUCUUACAGUUUUGUGGAAAAGUUCUUGAAACUAGGAGGUGAGGAAUAUCUGCGCAGUUUACUGAAUGACUGUCGUAAUACCUCAAAUCGUGAAAAUCAUGCAAAUGCAAUACUUCUGUGUUUUCGAGCACUUUUGAAUUCAACGGUUUUCUUUUUUUCGUAUAAUAAAUAG